UAUUUGAUCCGAUCCAAUUAGAGAAUCACAUGCUCAAGAACUAGAUUCCGGAAUAACCAAUUUAUCCGAUUUACCAUCUCUACCGCUCAUCCCUCCGUUUCGAGCUCUUCUUCCCCUCAGGUCGGACGCAGUCUACGCCACGCCAGUUCGUAUAGUAUCCCGAGAUGGCAAAAUAGUUACUAGUACCUUUAAACUGAAGUCCAUUUAAAUUUCAUUUUGUUAUUGUACAAAGCAUGAUGGAUUUGUCAAAUCCUGCGGUGUUUGUCAAUGCUGAGAUAUUAUGUAUGCACGUGGGACGGAGGGUUCGGGCAGUGAUUCAGGUUAUUCGCUCUGAUGGUGGCACAGUGACUGGAAAAUCAACAGAUGAGCAGCAGAUAUUCAUCAAAGGUGUUGCUCCUGGUCCACUCUCCACAUUUGUUGAGGUUAUUGGCAUUGCCGAUAGUCCCCAAUCAAUCCGUGCUGAUAUAUGGACCAACUUUGGGGACACACUCGAUACAGUUAGUUACAACCGCGUUUGUGAACUUGCCAACAGGGAGUAUAAGCACCUCUUCAUCUGAGAAUCUAUCUAAUCUAGGUUUAUGAUGCUGUAGUUCCAUUUGUUUAGCACUUCAUGAACAUAGUACAUAAGAAUGUUCAAAUGAUGGUAUUUCGAGUCUUAACGGUCUGUUUUGGUAACGACACUAAUUGGAGGGCAUCAUUCAACAAGCAUUGUUAUAAUAUGUGUUCGGAUAUUCCGUACUGCUAAACAGCUAAAUGUUCUGCCAUGCAUGUAAUUCACUGGUAUAUUGUGGGUAUUAACACUAAUAUUACUGUCAC